AUGGAUCAAACAGCGCAAAACCGACGACCAGGACGACCUCGAAUUUAUAUUAAUGACGCUGAACGCCAAAGGAGUCACCGCCUUAGAGAGACUUCACAGCAGCGCAGUAUCCGUUGGCAAGCAAACGCAGAGCAACAACGACGGAGGCGACAGAACGAAAACGAGGAGCAACGUUUGGUCAGACGCUCAGCUAAUGCAGCGCUUCAGGAAAAUAGACGCCAAAGCGAAGACGUUGAAGAGCGUUUUGCUCGGCAGAUGGCAAAUGCAGACCGCCAGCAAAGAAGACGCCAAAGUGAGAACGAUGGCCAGCGGUCUGCAAGACUACUGGAGAACUCACAACGCCAGCAAAGGAGACGCCAAGGUGAGAACGAUGAACAGCGGUCUGCAAGACUUCUGGGGAACUCACAACGCCAGCAAAGGAGACGCCAAAGUGAGAACGAUGGCCAGCGGUCUGCAAGACUACUGGAGAACUCACAACGCCAGCAAAGGAGACGCCAAAGUGAGAACGAUGGCCAGCGGUCUGCAAGACUACUGGAGAACUCACAACGCCAGCAAAGGAGACGCCAAGGUGAGAACGAUGAACAGCGGUCUGCAAGACUUCUGGGGAACUCACAACGCCAGCAAAGGAGACGCCAAAGUGAGAACGAUGGCCAGCGGUCUGCAAGACUACUGGAGAACUCACAACGCCAGCAAAGGAGACGCCAAGGUGAGAACGAUGAACAGCGGUCUGCAAGACUUCUGGGGAACUCACAACGCCAGCAAAGGAGACGCCAAAGUGAGAACGAUGAACAGCGGUCUGCAAGACUUCUGGGGAACUCACAACGCCAGCAAAGGAGACGCCAAGGUGAGAACGAUGAACAGCGAUCUGCAAGACUUCUGGGGAACUCACAACGCCAGCAAAGGAGACGCCAAGGUGAGAACGAUGAACAGCGAUCUGCAAGACUUCUGGGGAACUCACAACGCCAGCAAAGGAGACGCCAAGGUGAGAACGAUGAACAGCGGUCUGCAAGACUUCUGGGGAACUCACAACGCCAGCAAAGGAGACGCCAAGGUGAGAACGAUGAACAGCGAUCUGCAAGACUUCUGGGGAACUCACAACGCCAGCAAAGGAGACGCCAAGGUGAGAACGAUGAACAGCGGUCUGCAAGACUUCCUGGGGAACUCACAACGCCAGCAAAGGAGACGCCAAAGAGACGCCAAAGUGAGAACGAUGAACAGCGGUCUGCAAGACUUCUGGGGAACUCACAACGCCAGCAAAGGAGACGCCAAGGUGAGAACGAUGAACAGCGGUCUGCAAGACUUCUGGGGAACUCACAACGCCAGCAAAGGAGACGCCAAAGUGAGAACGAUGAACAGCGAUCUGCAAGACUUCUGGGGAACUCACAACGCCAGCAAAGGAGACGCCAAAGUGAGAACGAUGGCCAGCGGUCUGCAAGACUACUGGAGAACUCACAACGCCAGCAAAGGAGACGCCAAAGUGAGAACGAUGAACAGCGAUCUGCAAGACUUCUGGGGAACUCACAACGCCAGCAAAGGAGACGCCAAGGUGAGAACGAUGAACAGCGAUCUGCAAGACUUCUGGGGAACUCACAACGCCAGCAAAGGAGACGCCAAGGUGAGAACGAUGAACAGCGGUCUGCAAGACUUCUGGGGAACUCACAACGCCAGCAAAGGAGACGCCAAGGUGAGAACGAUGAACAGCGAUCUGCAAGACUUCUGGGGAACUCACAACGCCAGCAAAGGAGACGCCAAGGUGAGAACGAUGAACAGCGGUCUGCAAGACUUCUGGGGAACUCACAACGCCAGCAAAGGAGACGCCAAAGUGAGAACGAUGAACAGCGGUCUGCAAGACUACUGGGGAACUCACAACGCCAGCAAAGGAGACGCCAAGGUGAGAACGAUGAACAGCGGUUUGCAAGACUACUGGAGGACUCACAACGCCACCAGAGGCUACGACAAAAGGAGAACGAUGAGCAGCGAUCUGCCAGACUGCUGUCAAAUGCUCAACUUGAACAAAGGCGGCCCGAAAAUGAGAGUUCUGAGCAACGUUCAGCAAGACGCCCUGCAAACGCUGAGCGCCAACGAUUGCAACGACAGAAUGAACCAGAAGAACAGCGCGCUGAACGCUUACGCAACGACUCCGAAAGACAUAUUCGCCGUAAUGCCGCUCCUGAAAUGACAGGUUUAGCACUGCGUUCUCGCAUCACGGAUGUGAACUACCUUGGAGCACUAGAAAAUCGCUGUUCAAAUUGUGGAGCUUUGCACUUCGCCUUUGAAGUGAAGCGACAGCAUCCGUACAUUUUUUCUGAUUGCUGUGACCGAGGGCGAUUCAACUUGAAUCUGUUUGAGGAGUUUCCAGAGCAAUUAAAACAGCUCUUUGUGCGAGAUAGAGCGGCUCCCACAGAGAUGACGCACCGUCAGCGCAACUUUCUUGAAAAUAUAAGAGCAUUCAACUCUGCUCUCGCGAUGACUUCGAUGGGGGCUCAAGUUGACACAAUUUCUGGAAGGGGGCCAUAUUGUUACCGAAUUCACGGGCAAAUCUAUCACCGACUGGGUGCGCUUCAUCCUCACCAAGGGGAGCAACGUCAAUUCGGUCAAAUAUAUAUUCUAGACACUGAAAUGGCUGCCCAACAGCGCCUUGGGAAUAUGCGGAAUUCGGACUGCGACCCUAACCUCAUGCUGUUUUUGAGUGAAUGGUUUGCGCGUAACAAUGUCUACGCUCAAUCGUUUAAAAUGAUGAGCGAAGUGGAGCAAAUGGAAAUAGCGGCAGCCCAGCGAGAAAAUCGGCAAACCAUACCAAUUCGCAUGGUAUUCGAUGACAGCAGAGAGCGGGGUUUUGCAAGAGGAGAGUACGCUAUUCCUACUGCAAACGAAGUAGCAGUCGUAUACGUGGGUGAAGAAAACGACGUUCCUGCAAGAAGGAGUCUUGCGGUCCAUGUUCGACAGGCUGCAGGAUCAAAGUUGAUGAACAUCAGUGACAUAGAUAAACGAUGCGAUCUUCUCACGUAUCCACUGCUCUAUUAA